GCGAAUAGACGGGCAUUCUUUCGCUCUUUUCUUCUUGCUUCCUCAACGCCCAUGCACUUGUGCUCACUCACCUGCAGAUCCACUGCAUGCUAAUUUUCCCCUUUCUUUUGCAAGUAAGAAAGACAAACACUCAUUUAUUUUUUUUUCAUCUUCAGGAGCACCCGAGGUCGAGGGAGUCCGUUCCCUCUCACUUCCAGAGGUCAAUAUUCCGGCGUGUGGAGAGAGCUCCGCGCUGGCGGCCCAGCCUCUUCCCCAAUUCAGCCUGGGACGGAAGACCCUGCUGGGGGCUGGCGUGGCCGUCAUGCUGGUCUUGGUCUUGGUAGUCCUCAUACCUGUUCUGGUCCAUCUGGCCGGCACCAACGACAACGCAGGUCAAUACGAGAUGCUGGGCGGCUGCCGCAUGGUGUGCGACCCUUUCUUGGACAAAUCUGGCACUACGGCGGCCAUCGGCACGGCUGUCGCUAACACGCAGUUGGAUGCGGAAGCGCUGACUGAUCACAGUAUGGGACCUCCUCUGCCCACCUAUGCCCACGGACCGCAGGGCAAGCCCGGCCGCCAAGGAAAACCAGGGCCUCCGGGACCUCCAGGACCCCCGGGACCACCCGGAGAGCCAGGUCUCCCAGGACCCAUGGGUCCGCCAGGAAAUAAAAACCUCACAGGGCGACCCGAUACCUUUGCUCUGGGUGGAAGAACGGCGACAGGAAUGGGGACGGCCGUACAUACCAUGGGUCCACGUGUGGCGUUCUACGCGGGUCUGCGGAAUCCGCAGGAGGGGUAUGAGGUGCUGAGGUUUGAUGAUGUUGUGACAAACAUUGGGAAUACCUACGAUGGGUCGACUGGGAAAUUUGUCUGCAAGGUUCCUGGGACAUACUUCUUCACGUAUAAUGUCCUCAUGAGAGGAGGGGAUGGCACCAGCAUGUGGGCAGACCUGCUGAAAAACGGACAGGUGAGAGCCAGCGCUAUCGCACAGGAUCAGGAUCAGAGUUAUGAUUAUGCCUCAAACACAGUCAUUCUGCACCUGGACCCCGGGGAUGAGAUCUUCAUCAAGCUGGACGGUGGAAAGGCACACGGAGGAAACAGCAACAAGUACAGCACCUUUGCCGGCUUCAUUCUCUACAGUGACUAGAGAGGUCAGGAGAUAAAUGGACGGGAGUCUGUUGUCCUUACAUUUAGUCUGUUGUCUGUCGAUGACUUGAAACACGACUAAAUAUAUGAUCUGAUAUAUAUUAUUAGCUUAAUAAGAAAUGCAAUGUUCAGUGAGGGUUCAAGAUGCAUUGAAACAAAUUCAAGAUGAAGAUGCACUUGGUUGAAUCAUUUGUAAAUAUAAUAGAUGUUAUUUAUUAAGCAUAUUUAUAUUAAAUUUAUUUGAGGAAUUAAACUGCACCUGUCGAAUGACUUGCAGUGGCCGGGUGAGGCUGUGUCAUCAGUUUCAGGCAGUUGUUAUCUAGGAAUAACAAACCUUGGAUUGUCGCCACUGGCCAAUCAGAAUCAAGCAUUUUUAAGUGCUGUGCAUAUUGAUUAUGAUAAUAAAAUAUUUUGAUUCAGAGCUAUAACCUUCUGCAUCUGUAUUAAAACUGCACUUUUGAUGGCUGGAUUGCCACGUAUUGCAGACGAAGUGUGAGUGAAGGGUUAAAGACUAUAAUGAAGAUUCAUCAUUGAAUGAAAGUAUGUGUUUGGUUCAUUAUGGUGUUUGUCUCUGUGUUCAUGUUCUGUCUGUAAAUCUACAAUGAUGUUUCUCAGUGUCUCAUUAAUAUAAUGUAAAGUAAAUUGUACCCUAACAUUUUAAGUGUAUUGACAGAUGUCCAUGAGUCUGUAAGCCAUUGUAUGUGAUCGGUGUAUGGCUGUGGAGUAUUAUCACAAAUAAAGCUGAAACUAUGAGCUUUAUACUUAAACAUUUUUAUAUACGGUACGAAAUAUUAAAAGGCUGUGUAAAAUCUCUAAGAUGGGGUAAAAGUUACCACUGUACAAGAACCUUCAGUCAUACUGUAAUUUUGUUAAUAACUAUUUACUAUAUAUAAAACACAAUAUUCAUGACAUGAUGUACAUGUAUCUAAAUGU